GAUAUGUCUCGGAGUUGGCCUGCGCUUGCAGAGAAGCCAAAAGCUCGACGGCAUCUUCAGAGGCGCUCUCCUUGCGGCUCCAGCUCUCCAGGUGCCCCUCCCGCCACAGGCGGUGAUCAGCUUCUUGAGGUGGUGCGUAGUGCCCUGCUGCUCCCGGCAGCCAAUGCCAGAAGCUGUGAGUUCCAGCAGCAAGGUCCACCUGGGCGCGAAUUUCGAUCUCAGCGACGCCAAGCAGAAGUACAUGGCUGAGAUGGAGGUUGUGGAUUGUGCUCAUCGUUUUCCCAAAAAAGGCCUUGGCUGGUUCUUCAAGAUGCGUUGGGGCACUGCAUCGGCAUACUCGACGAUCUUCUCCGCAAUUGACCAGGAGAUGAAGGAGGUGCGGUUUCCCUUCCAAAUCAUCCACGACCCCAAGGACAGCAUCUGCAUGGUCGAAGGCUCGGAGAAGCUGAUGAAGCUGAGCGCUUCCGAGGACAAGGUCAUGCAUCGAGUCGAUGCAGGUGGGCUUCAUGUGCUGACUUUCGUCAUCCAAGAGGAAUAUGCGCGAAGCUCAUAUGACCGUCAGCAGUCGAUCGAUCGGUUGACCAGACUGGCUAGGCAGGGCAUGUGCAUGGCCGAUUGGUGCAGUGCUGCUUUGGAGGCAUCUUUUGACGAUGCACGCCACGAGGUGGAACAUCAGACGCGGCGUCGGGUUGCUGCGGAGCGCGCGGCAGCCACGCUUCGGAAAGAGCUUGGUCACCUGAAGGCAUCCCUUGUUGCAAUGGAGGCUGAGCGUGAAGGUUGGCAACUUCGGGAGGACCGGUGCCGCCGCCUUUGCGAUGAGUCGAUCGCAGCAGCGGAGGAGCGGGCAGAGCAGCGUGCUGCCGAGGCCUCGCAGGCCCAAGUUGAGCUGCGAUGCUGCCGUGAGGAGUUGGGAGAGCUCCAACGCGAGUUGAAGAAGCCGCCUGAGUCCUCUCACAGCCCCCGAGCUCGUUUCAAAGCCGCCACGGGCAAUGACGUCGAGGCAGAGGUCCUGGCCUUGUGUCAGCGAUUGGAGGAGGAAGGAGCCUUCCCUUUCCUCCGUGCAGAAGCAGUCCCUGGGCCGAUCAGUGACCCUCUUGAUGGAAGGAGUUGUUGGUCAACAACGAGCGCUGGCUUGAGUGACAGAAAUGUCUGCGAGCUCGGAUCCCGAUGCACAGCUCUCACGGACCUCCACCCAAGCUUGCUCCAGCAGCAUGACCCCAUGCUGAGAGGAAACUCGGGACGCGUCACAAAGAUCAUGUUUCAGGCCUCGUAUGACACACCUGUGACACCCGCCAUGCUUCGACCAGCGCCGGCUCCGGUUUUCGGCGCGGCGCCCUUGGCACAGCAUGUGGCGAGUGCGUCUCAGCCUCAGCUGCCCCUCCCGGCGCCACAGAUCCGCACCAUGCCGCUGGCGGUGGGCAGCGUGCCACUGGUGGCGGCCAAGGCGACCCCCGUGCACAGCCUGCCGCAAGCUUUGCCACCGGCAAGCACAGGGAUGCAGCGGUGCUACAGCACGGGGAGUUUGCAGCAAUCAACUUACUCGCAGACGCCACAGGUCACCCCUUGCGCCACUCCGCCAGCUGUCCGAUUCUUCUCAGGAGUGAUUCCGAACAGUGAGGCGGCACCAAGCACUACGUUGCGGUCGGCGCUUCCUCACCCAUUUGGGUAUCCACAAGCCGGUGCGCACGUGAUGGUCAAGCAUCACUCCACGGCUUCACUGAGAAGUCACCACUCCGUGGAGAGGGGCAGCGUGAUCCAAGCGCCAACCCCAACAUCCAAAGAUACAAGCCCAAAGCGAGCAUCGCCAAGAGGACAAAGUCAUUAUGCCUCGAGGCACAGCCUUGCCAAAUCAGAAGAAGAGACCUGCACGUCUCCUCGAUCUGUCCGUUCCGUGCACUCGCAACGCUCACAGCGAUCGCGAAGCUUCAGCCCAAAGCACGCAGAAGGCACUGUUGGAGCCAGGAGUCGCCAAAACACGGCUACAGAGGCAAUGCGUGGCCAGGAGGAUGAGGAUGAGGAAGCCCCAUGGGAGGUGCCCUAUGCAGCACGCACCGGCAGCCAAUCACCCCGCGCAUCCACACCGAAUGCUUGCGCCGUCACUCGAUCCGAUUCGCAGAGACGGCGGUACCAGAACCUCUACGAGGAUCAUGAGAUGAGGAAAAUGAAGUGGCAAGCGAAGAUGGAUGAAAAGAAGCGGAAAGAGGAGGAGGAGCUGCAGAAGAGCAUUGCCAACACGUGCAGCCCAAGGCAUUUCAAUCACGAGGAGUUUCAAAACUGGUAUGCAGACAGAAUGAACCAGCAGCAGAGCUUCGAAGCAACACGCCAGGAGAAGAAACGCUCUGAGGCCCGGCUGCGCGCCUUCCAGGAGCUGUCCGAGUGUACCUUUACUCCCAUGGCCAUGGCGCCUUCCAAGGUAAGCCGUGGGCCCAAGCAACGAUCAGGCAGCAUUCCCACGGAGUCCCGGCCCGUGGUUCACGAAGGUGACCAACAGGCGACAGCAGACGAGUUGGUUGCUGCACAGGUCACUCAGAUCGAAGCGUUUCGCCACCUGGAGAAGAAGGAGAGGGAGAUGCGAGAAGCUAGUCAGCGUGUCUUCAGAGACUUCCUGGAGAGAUCCCUCGAGGAGGGUCGGCGAAAGCUGAAGCUCUUCGAGCAAACUCCCGAAGGUCGCGAGUACCUUGCCAGCCGAGCGAAAAGCUACGUGGAGUUGAACCGAAGCAUGAGUCACUCUGCUGCUUUGACAGAGGCCAGGGGAGAUCUCCAACGCGCCAGCGAGGUCGCGCUUGCAGCUUUCAGCAUCACCGGUGCCACCUUCACAGCCUUUGCGCUUUGGGGCGUCUACUUCCGCACGGUACAGGCUGUGCAGCUCGCAUGCUCCUUGUUUUGUGUCAUCAUGUCGGCUGCCCCACAGCAAGCAGAGCCACCCGCAAAGCGGGCAAGGACAGACGGCGUUGUGGUUCCACCUGGCCUCUGCGCGCUCCACCAUAUCGAUGACUGGUAUGAGCAGAACAAGGCGCAGUUCUCUCCGCCUGUUUGCAACAAGUUGAUGCACAGGGGCCAGUUGAGCAUCAUGUUCGUUGGUGGUCCUAACACCCGCAAAGACUUUCACUUGGAGGAAGGGAGUGAGUUCUUCUUCCAGCUUCGCGGCAAUAUCCAGCUGCCAACUGUGCAGAAAGGCAAGAGGAAGCUGGUGAAGAUCAAUCAGGGUCAGGUCUUCUGCCUGCCGUCCCGUAUUCCUCACUCACCACAAAGACCCGAGGCUGGUUCCUUCGGCUUGGUCGUGGAAAGGCGACGAGAAGACAAGGAGAUGGAUGGUCUGAUCUACUACGAGGACUUCAAUACCUGUGAAAAGGUGCGCUGGGAAAAGUUCUUCCGGUGCAACGACCUGGGGAAGGAUCUGCCACCUGUGAUCGAGGCUUACAAGGCUUUCGAAGAUUCGCCGGCUGCGAAGCUACCUCAAAGCUGGAAGGAGGAAGAUCGACCUGUUUGCCAAGACAAGAGCACGGAGAUCCCGGAGCCCUUCUCUUUCCAGGACUUUCUGACCGCCAAUGCCGAGAAGCUUGCAGCAGGCGAAUCCGUGAGCCUCUUCGGUUUCGACCAUCCAGACCAGGAGUUCGAAGUGUUCGUUAUCGGAGGUCGGUCAGAACAAACCGGCCAGAAGUCUGAGUACGAGACUUGGCUCUACCAAGUGCGUGGUGCUGCACACAUUGCAGUCAACUCGGGCACUCUCGCCCUAAACGAAGGAUGUUGCUGUAUUGUCCAAGCUGGCCAGCCUUUCGAUGUCGCUAGGGCUGAAGGUUCGAUCGGCCUGAUGCUUCGACAGAACAGCCGUGGCAACAAGCCCACAAACGGCAACGGACACGCAUGA